AUGACAAAUAGGACCUUUAAAGCUGAAAUUGAAAUUACUGGUUAUGUAGGUGCAGUUAUUGGUCGUCGCGGUUUAACAGUUCAAUGUAUACAAUCUGAAUCUGAUGCAAAAAUUGAAAUUGUAACGCAACCAGAUUCUGUUUGUCAAAUUGCUCAAAUUCAAGCCGAGACUGAACAUUCAUUGAAUAUUGCAAUCAGCAAAAUAAAUAAGAUACUCUAUGAACAGCAGCGACAGCCACCUGAGUUAAAUUCUUUGCAAAAAUACAAAAGUCAUCCAAAUGAACCUUGUGACUGGAAAUCGACUGGAUCUCGUCAAGAGGUUGAUCGAGUACAUAAUAAAGGUUGCGGGAAAUAUCGAGCAUACAAAUGCGCAAAAUGUGGAAAAUUUCAACGUCGCUAUCUGAACAAAAAUGAGAAAAAAAAAUAUUAUGAUGACUGA